AUGUCAACUAUCAUCUCAUCACCAGUUGUUCAUUCCAAAACACGCAUGCGACCUUCGACACCUAUUCGUCGUCGUUGUCUAGCACCACUUCAAUGCAAUUCAACGCGCACCAUUAACAUUCAACACGUCCUGCACAAUCUUAUUGAUUCUCUCCGAGAUUCAACAGAUUCUUCAACACAAUUAUUAAUACGGCUAUACUAUCACAAAUCAUCUCGACUCAACGAUCAACCAGACAAACUGCUUCUGUUUCAACAAGAAAUCUACUGUAGUCUGCGUCGACUUCAUCCAUCAUUGAUCAAUCCUUCUUUGUUUGAUCAAGAAAAUCAAUUGACAAAGACACCGCAACCGAUCGUAACGAGUCGAUCAGGACAAGCCACUAUUCGAAAACUGCAUUAA